AUAGGCAAAAUGCAUGACAAUGUGGAGAAAGGCUUCACACAAAGCAAACUGCGGGCAAACCCAGCAAUUAGAACUAACUGCAAUCAAAAGCCCUCAGUAUAUCUUGAAGCUGUGUGCCCAGAAAGCUGGAUUGGUUUCCAGAGAAAGUGUUUCUAUUUUUCCGAUGACAUCAAGAAUUGGACAUCAAGCCAGAUAUUUUGUGACUCACAAGGUGCUGACCUUGUUCAGGUUGAAACUCUCCAGGAACUGAAUUUCCUGUUGAGAUAUAAAGGCCCAUCCGACCACUGGAUUGGUCUGAGCCGAGAACAAGGCCAAACCUGGAAAUGGAUAAAUGGUACUGAAUGGACAAGAUGGUUUCCCAUCAGAGGAGGAGGAGAGUGUGCCUAUUUGAAUGACAAAGGAGCCAGUAGUGCUAGGCACUACACGGAGAGGAAGUGGAUUUGUUCCAAACCACAUACAUAUGCCCAGAUGAAGCAGCAAAGCCUUAACUAAUCUUCAGAAGCAACAUUGGAAUGAAUAAACUCAUUAAAAAAUAGAAUU